GGGAGGUGGAGGAGGAGGCAGUCCGUGCGGAGCCGCCGCUCACCGGCAGCGCAACAGAUGGCUAAGAGCUAGCAAGGCAUAUUCAAGAUCAUGAUGGCUCAGUUUCCCACAGCCGUGAAUGGAGGUCCAAAUAUAUGGGCCAUCACCUCUGAAGAGCGGGCCAAACAUGACAAGCAGUUUGAUAGCCUUAAACCCACAGGAGGCUACAUUACAGGUGACCAAGCACGUAACUUUUUUAUGCAGUCGGGUCUACCAGCUUCAAUCCUUGCUGAAAUAUGGACACUAUCGGACCUGAACAAGGAUGGAAAAAUGGAUCAACAGGAGUUCUCUAUAGCCAUGAAACUCAUCAAGCUGAAAUUGCAAGGACAGCACUUGCCUGCAGUUCUCCCUCCUGUCAUGAAACAAACUCCAGUAUUUUCACCGCUAAUGUCAGCUCGCUUUGGAAUGGGUAGUAUGCCAAAUCUGUCCAUGCCAACGUCUGUGUCUACGAUCACACCAUUAGCUAACAUGCCUCUGACCUCAAUGACUUCUGUUCCUCCUUUGGUUAUGUCCACUCCCCUGGUGCCUUCUGUCAGUAUGUCCUCGCUGCCAAAUGGAACAUCUAACCUUUUACAGCCUUUGUCCGUACCUUUCUCUUUAACACUGCCUCAUACUGGUUCUUUAGGUGCCAUGGCAGGAGGGUUUGGUGGCACUAAUAUACAGAAGGCACAGUCACUAAUCGAUUUAGGAUCUAGCAGUUCAAAUUCUUCCUCUAGUGCUUCACUAGCUGGGAAUUCACCAAAGAUUGUGUCCUCGGACUGGGCGGUCCCUCAGACCUCCAGAUUAAAAUACAGACAGAAAUUUAACAGUCUUGAUAAAAGUAUGAGUGGAUAUUUAUCAGGAUUUCAAGCAAGGAAUGCUCUUCUGCAAUCAAACCUUUCACAGACUCAGUUGGCUACUAUUUGGUCACUAGCUGAUAUUGAUGGAGAUGGACAGCUGAAAGCUGAUGAGUUUGUGUUAGCCAUGCACCUAACAGAUAUGGCCAAAGCCGGGCAACCUCUGCCGCUGACUCUGCCUCUUGAACUGGUACCACCUUCUUUCAGGAGUGCAAAAAAUACUGAAAAUAUAAAUGGAACUCUGCCAUCUUACCAGCUUGUGCAAGAGGAGGAGCCACAGAAGAAACAACCUGUGACAUUUGAGGACAAAAGAAAAGCCAACUAUGAGAGGGGAAAUAUGGAGCUGGAAAAACGCCGUCAGGUCCUGUUGGAACAGCAGCAGAGAGAGGCUGAACGUAAGGCUCAGAGAGAAAGAGAAAAACAAGAGGAGAAAGAAAGGAAACGUCAAGAACUGGAACGGAAAAAACAGCUGUUACUGGAAAAGCAGCUGGAGAGACAACAAGAGUUGGAAAGACAAAGGGAAGAAAAGAGGAGGAAAGAAAUAGAAAGACGGGAGGCAGCAAAGCAAGAACUUGAGCGCCAGCGACGAUUGGAAUGGGAAAGAAUUCGUCGCCAAGAACUUCUUAAUCAACGUAACAGGGAGCAAGAAGAAAUUGUCCGGUUGACCUCUAAAAAGAAGAGCCUUAAUCUUGAAUUAGAAGCCCUGACAGACAAACAUCAGCAAAUCUCAGGCAGAUUGCAAGAUAUUCGAAGCAAAAAGCAAAUUCGAAAAACUGAACUGGAGGCUUUAGAUAAGAAAUAUGACCAAGGGAUCAUAGAAGUUAAUCAACUACAAAACGAGCUUAAGGAGUAUCAGAAUAAACUAAUCUAUUUAAUUCCUGAAAAGCAGUUGUUAAGUGAAAGAAUUAGAAAUGCUCAACUUGAAAACACUCAAAAUACAGGAAUCAGUUCAGUGCACAAAAAGUCCCUAGAAAAGGAAGAAAUAUGCCAAAGACUUAAGGAACAACUAGAUGCCCUCGAGAAAGAAACUGCUUCUAAACUUGCUGAAAUGGAUGCCUUUAACAGUCAGCUUAAGGACCUGAGAGAAAGUUACAGCACACAGCAAUUAGCCUUGGAGCAACUCCACAGGAUCAAACAGGACAAAAUAAGAGAGGUAGAAAAAAGAAGAGCUGAACUCGCACAGAAAAAGCGACUGGAAGAUGAGGCUGCAAGAAAAGCCAAACGGGAGAAGGAGAACAGAUGGCAGGAAAAUAUCCAAAGGGAGGAGGAAGAGAAAAAGAAGCGAUUGGAGGAAGAACGAAUGCAGGAAAAAGUUCAAGAAAAGCUGAAAGCUGAAGAAGCAGUUGCUCUGAUGAGGGAAAGGGAAAAUAAACAACAGUUUUAUGCAGAGGAAGAGAAAAAUAGGCAAACUGCAAUCUUGAGGGAGACAGAACAGCAAAGGCAGAGGCAACUGGAAGAAGAUAAAAGAAAGCAAGAACAAAUUGCAAGAGAGGCUGAGGAGAGGCGUAAGCAGAAUGAAGAAAUUAAGAAGAUAAAAGAAGUGACUAGCUCUCAAGAGAUGGAGAAACACACUUCUAAAUUAAACAUAACUGAGAAGUUUGCAGAUCUCUUGAAACCAACAGAGGGUAAAAGUCUUAAGCCACCCUGGAAAAAUGAAGGCACUGCAUUUAGUGUUUCAGAGUCUAGGAAUUCAGUUGCCUUGGUAAAUUACAGAGCUUUAUAUCCAUUUGAAGCAAGGAAUCAUGAUGAGAUGAGCUUUAAUACUGGGGAUAUAAUUCAGGUUGAUGAAAAAAAUGUGGGAGAGCCUGGUUGGCUUUAUGGGAGUUUUCAAGGACAGUUUGGUUGGUUUCCAUGCAAUUACGUAGAAAAAAUGCCAGAAGGAGAAAAAUCGUUAUCUCCUAAGAAGGCCUUACUUCCUCCCAUAGUAUCUUUAUCUACUACCUCAGCUGCUUCAGAACCACUUUCACCAAGUAAAUCUGCAGAAGAAUCUGAUUACCAAAACAUCACUUUUUCUAGCCUGAAUGUUAAUACAGCAUGGCAACAGAAAUCAGCUUUCACUCGCACUGUGUCCCCUGGAUCUGUUUCACCCAUUCAUGGACAGGGGCAGCCGGUUGAGAACCUAAAAGCACAAGCACUUUGCUCUUGGACUGCAAAAAAAGAUAACCACUUGAAUUUCUCAAAAAAUGAUAUCAUUACUGUCCUGGAGCAGCAGGAGAACUGGUGGUUUGGAGAGGUACAUGGAGGAAGGGGUUGGUUUCCAAAAUCAUAUGUCAAGCUUUUACCUGGGAGUGAAAUCAAGAAAGAGGAACCAGAAGCUAUUUAUGCAGCUGUAAACAAAAAGCCUAAUACACAGUCUUACACAGCAGGAGAGGAGUAUGUUGCACUCUAUUCGUAUUCAAGCUCUGAGCCUGGUGACUUGACGUUCACGGAAGGUGAGGAAAUCCUAGUGACCCAGAAGGAAGGAGAAUGGUGGACCGGGAGCAUUGACAGCAGAACUGGAAUCUUCCCGUCCAAUUAUGUGAGACCAAAGGAUCAAGAAGCUUCUGGUAAUGCUGGCAAAACUGGAACUAUAAAUAAGAAACCCGAAAUUGCUCAGGUUACAACUGCCUAUGCUGCAUCAGGAACUGAACAGCUCAGUCUUGCUCCAGGACAGCUAAUACUUAUUCUGAAGAAAAAUGCCAGUGGAUGGUGGCAAGGAGAGUUGCAGGCAAGAGGGAAAAAGAGACAGAAAGGAUGGUUCCCUGCCAGCCAUGUGAAAUUACUGGGUCCGAGCAGUGAAAGAACCACAUCUGCUGCUCCCUCAGUGUGUCAAGUGAUAGCUAUGUAUGAUUACAUGGCAAACAAUGAAGAUGAGCUCAGUUUCUCCAAAGGGCAGCUUAUCAAUGUACUGAACAAAGAUGAUGCUGACUGGUGGCAAGGAGAAAUCAGUGGUGUGACAGGUCUCUUCCCCUCAAACUAUGUGAAGAUGACCACGGAUUGUGAUCCAAGUCAGCAGUGACCCAAUGUUGUCUUCCAGUAUGAAAGCACCUCAGAGACCCACUAUCCAAGUUUGACUGUAGCGUGGAGGCAGGGUGGCCAGCCCUGCUCACAUUUCUCUGACACAAUCCUUUUGCUUCGUUUGAAUGUUAGAUCCAGUCAAGUAAUUAGGUUUUUGUGGGUUUUCUUAUAAUCUACACUUACAGUUGAUUUGUAAAAGCAGAAAGGAUAGUGGGUCUUUGUGUGGCUUUCACUGCUGUUCAUUCUUGUUUCCUUUAGUAUUUUUCUUUGGUAUUGAUAAUCAUAGAUCAUUAGCAUGCAUAUCGAGUUAUCAUUUGUAUGGUGGGAUUGCAGACACACAAAGACCCACUAUUUGCACAGUUUGUUUGAGCUGUUUUGAACGGGCAGUUGUGUUCUUUCAAUGUUGUAAUGUACAUACUUCGCAGAAUUAAAAUGUUCAUUGAUUACUGUUCUAAUGGAUUUGAUUUAAUCUCUUGCAUAUUGAGCUUUUAAAAUUGACAGCCUACAAGGCUCAUCCAGAAAACAAACCCUACCUGUCUCUGCUGCUGAUAGUCACUGUGAUUACAAGCAUGCUACAAGAUCUAAGAUUGAGAUCUGGUGUGGUCCAUCCAGAUUUUUAAUACCCUUUUUAACAGGGGAAAGUACAAUUAAGCAUAGAGUAGAGGAUAUUUUAAUCUUCCUUCACAGUAGUACUAUAGUAGGAAUUCAGGUUGUUUUGACUCUAUGUCCUAUCCCUAAACAGCCUUCUUUAAGUACUUUAUUCUGAUAAUUCAUAUUUGCUUUCAGUUUUAGGAAACCAUAAACAUGUACUAGUUACUGCAGUAAGUACUUAUACUCUGUGCUACUAGGCCCUUUCCCUGCCCCUUUUCUGCAUUAAAUAGUUAAUGGUACUAGCGAGUUCUAUCUGGUUAUGAUCUGCAGUGACUUAAAUAAAUACUAUCUGAAAGCUGCUGCUGCUGCUCUUUCUGCUAAAUAAAUCAGCAGCCUGAUACAUCUUGGUAAAGAGGUGUUGCCAGAAAAGAAACACUAACAGCUACCUGGAGCUAAAGGCAGAGCAUUUGGGUUUAGAAAUGGAACUAUGCUCCUCAGCUCAAAAGUGAUCCUUAAAAGUACAGUUAUGGCACGUCAGCAGUGUGGUCCUGUGAGGGUGCCCAUGUGCUAGCAGUCUGGGGAGAAGGAGGGACAGACCAGGACUUCAGGACUAUAACCCUAAUACCCCUUUAAAUAAAAGGAUUCAUUUAGUAGCAGACUACACUUAUCUGUUUAAAUAGUUCUGUGCUCCUGUAACAACGGGAAAGAUCUAGUAGACAUGGUAUUUAAUUUAGUUGUUUUUCUGAACAUGGUUAUGAAACAGCAAAGGUCACUUAUGCAAUCAGAAAUGUUUACAAAACACCGCUUGUUUACUAUAUACAUACAUACAUAUAUAUAUGUAUAUAUAUGAAUGAAUGUUGUGAAGGUACUAUCAGGAAAAAGUUAGUCCAAUUGCAGAGAUUUAAAAGCCUUUCUCCAAAAUUUCUAUGUUAUGUAUUUAAUAUAUUUGAUCAAAUAAUGUAUAUGUGCCCUUUAGUUCAGAGAUAUAUCUUUUGUGCAAUAUGGACUACAGCAAUGUGCCUACAUAAAGCUACAAAUGGAUUUUUAUUCUGGAUGUAUUUUGUCUAAACCAGUAUUUUGUUAUAGAGUGAAAUCGUGUUAUUGUAGGCAAAUAAUGUGCUAGAUAAUUCCUCAGGUGUUCUAGCUGACUUGAUUUCCUUAUGAAACCCUAAGUAUUUCUACUAAAAUAUACUCAUCACCACGACAACCCUGAAUUGCCUUCUCUGAAUUUCUGACUUUGAAAGCCAGUUUAAUGCAGGCUGAAGUGUGUCAUGCUACACCAGUGUCACCAAGCAGCCACAAUAGUUUAAUAAUUAGGUGAUCUUACAAAUUAUCCCAUUUCUAUAAAGGGUUAACCUGUGGGAUUUGAGCCAAACUGAUUUCCUGAUGCUCAGUGACAUGCUCCUUACAUACCAAAUUGCUACUGUCUAAAAAAUUAAAACCAGCUUUGCAUCCUAUAUGGGAUGUUCUAGGAAAUAGUUAUGUGGCAUUUGCCAAAUCAGGCUGGCGUUCUACCCAUUUUUUAACUGAUACAGUUGAAUUUUAGGGUAGUAUUAGGUGAAGUGUCGUACAAGUAGCCUUAUUAGUGGGUAUGUAGAUAAUGAGCAUUGAUAAUUACUGGAACAGCUGCCCCUCAGUUUGAACUGAUGAGUAUUAAAAUGAAGCAUUUGGGGCUUUCAUGGUUCCCUGUUCAUGUCUCAGUAUUUACCUGAGUACGCUCUAAAUUCUCUAAUAAUAAAGAUAACAGUAAUAAUACACCUUAAUAAUGCUGAUUGAAAGAGGUAUAGCCUCUGCCUUCGGUAUUUAUCUCUGCUGCAGACGUUUGCCUAAUAUAGCUCAAGCACAGUCACCCAAGAGCUCUGCUCUCCCACUGCACACUGGUGCAGAAAGAAUGGAAUGCAUACAUCAGAUCAUGCUCAGGGUGUAUUUAGGACAAGAUUAUUUUAAACCAAUGCCCCAUAUCAGUGAAGAGGUGUCGCUGAUAGAAGCUGCACUUAAAUCAGACCUCUAUCAUUUAAAAACAAAAAAGAUUUAAAAAUGGUGUUUUAUCCUCCGGUUGUGUGCAGUCCACUCUCUUUGAUAAAAGUCCAUAAAGUGAGUUCAGCUGUCAUCCCAGCUAGUGUUGUAAAACUAAUGUUGAAGCAUUCAUCCUGUAUUUGGGUGAGAAAGGUUGGCUUUGGAACUAAGGACAAGGUGGAAAAUAGAGUUUUUUAUUGAACUGAUGGUCCCCAGUCAAGAGCUGAGAGUCCGCAUGUUGCUCAGAGCUAACAGUUGAAACUGAAGCCAACCAGGAGAGCAAAAUACGAUGUUGCCUGCAGUGUAAUACUGCUUAAUAUUGGUUCUUGUGGGCCAGCAGAGAACAGGGGCCAUGUAUCUAGGAGUAAGAAUGUAAACGAUGCAGUAAAUGCACAAAACCAGCUACUAAACACUUCCUAAUUUUGUAACUGUCUAGUUUGCAUAAUGGACCAACAACCUACAAAAGGUUUUUACAGAAGCUUAGUUCACAGAGCUGAGCUCCUGCUCCAGCAGUUGGAUCCGUGCAGGACAGUUGUGCCACCACCAAGACCCAGUUGCAGGCUGGGGUGUAUGAGUAGUCAGUGACAGUGAAGGGGUGUAAAAGCAUUCAAAGCGCUGUCACAAUGUCAGUGUUAAUAACAUUACAGUUAGGAGUGCAGAAGGCAUAAAGCUCUGUUGGAAAAGUUAUGUGCUAAUAACUGGAUAUUUAUGCCAUCCCAAUGCUUUGUCAGAUCAUAUCCCUGUGUGAUUUUCUUGAGUUGGGUUGACAACACCUGUAAAUAAGUCCGCUCAUAAGAAUGCAACAGGCCGUGGCCUGUAGUGCUGUUGGGAGCUGCUACAGGGUAAUGCUACUUUAAUGUAAUGAACUAAUAAAACUGCUACGUAGUGGUGUGUGCUGCCUUAAAAUCUCUUCUUGCUGUUCUUUUCAAGCUAGAGUAUUGAUGUUUGGGGUGGUUGUUACAACAUGCAAAUGCAGGCUGUGCUUCGCAUGAGGCAAUUGUUCGUCUUUGUUUUUAAACAAAGUUGUAAGAUACCUAUGCAAAUGUGUUUUAUUAAAGGGACACAUGAAAGUU